ACCCUAAGCUGUGAUUAAGCGCAGCGAUUCAUAUAAACACUGACCUAGAUUCUACCACAGUACAUUAGCAGGCUAUUUGGAGCUGGGUCACCAUUAAAUAUGUCUAGUCUAACCACUGUAACUUGCAGUUCCCCACGCAGCGACGUUUCUGGAAUGGAGGAGGGCCAUGGCCCAGAUGCUUGCUACAGGAGAAGGAGCAGGAAACAGAAUUUUUCACACCUGGAGACAUCAAUGAUAAUGAAAAAGGUUGAGAAACAUAUACAUAUUCUUUUGGAUAAAAACACAGAUAAAGAGACCAACUUGGCCAAACAUCGGAUCAUGUGGGAGAUCACAGAGGCUGUGAACUCACUUGGUGAAAGUAAAAGGACCAUACAGGAGGUCAAGGACAAGUGGCGAAAUCUAAAACAGACAGCAAAGAGAGAGAUUGCUGCCUUUAUUGAAGCUCAAAAUAAAGGAAUGGCAGCUUCGACACAACAGAGUUUGCCUGUCAUUGCGCCUAACCAAGAUUCCAACUCUAGUGUCAUUGAGGUGAAGGUUGAAUGUGAAAAUUAUGAAAAAGACACAGACACAGGAAGCAAUGCAGAAGAAGAAAAACAAGAUGGACCACCCCAAAUUUCUUCCAUAAAGAAACUUUUGGACAAUACUCCCUUGACAAGCUCCCUGUCUCCACGAAUCUCGUCACUGGGUCCCUGGGAUACAAGGUGUAAUCUGCCAUCUGUCAGCAGCAUAAGAAAUUUAGUAAAGCAAACAAGUGACUGCACAUCCUCUGAAGCAAAUGUAGAUUCUCGUUUAUCUGUAUCCAGUGCACCGGCAGCAACAGGUGCUCAGUCAAAAAGUGCAGACUUCAUUCCACAAAAUGUGGGUACACACAGCAGAGAUAAGCACACAAGUGAAGAGUAUAACCAUCCAAAGACAACAAAAAGUUUUGUUAAUCAUUCCAGGCCAGCAGACUAUUCAUCAAGGGCAGCUAAUAGCACAAAAGAUCAAUCCAGAGUUCAGGACUCCCUCAGUCAAGUCACCACUUCAGAUUCCCAUGCAUCAUGUUCCAAUCCCAAUGUAGAACACUCCCAGUUAGAUGUUAGCCAAGAGACGAUGAACAAGCUUCAGUAUGAAGUCCUCAUGUUACAAAAAAGAAAACUGGAUUUAGAAAUGGAAAACAUGCAGCUCAUGAACAAGAAACUUAAAAUGGAAAUCAGCUUGUUGGAGAGUAGAGCUUAUGCACCACAGAUAGUACUUAAUCCUCUUGGUGGCACUGGAAAUACUUUUAGUGGCACAUAAGCCUUGCUCACACAAGACUUAGCUAAUUCACUUAGUUAAAGAUGAACUGCAAGAAAGAAAUUUUUAGUUGUGUUUCUAGUGAAGUUGGAUAACCAAUUUCAGCAUGAUCUGAUUGUGAUUAGCUCACCAAAAGGGGAAAUCUAAUCCCUCUGUUGUUGAACUCACCAUCAGUGUAGGUGAGGCAGUUGUGUGUCAUAAGGUUGACUCCCUGUAGUGGACUAAACUUUACCAGACAACCUGCUGAAUAGAUUGAUACCAAGUUGGGCAAAACUCAACUUGACUAGAAACAUGGUCUCAAUGACUCCAUCUACUGGUAUAAUCUUCAAGUGAAUAGUUCAAGGAGAGGUGGAUAGGUGGAUUGUAAUCAAGUGCCCUUGUAAAUUGGGCAUAAACCAGUUUUAGUUGAACCCUUUCAUGACCAUUCCUUUAGUUAUUACAUCAAUGGCCAGGUUACAUAUUCAUUGAAGAGUCCUUAAAUACCAGGUCAUCUAAGUACAGAAAGAGAAAAAUGUAAUGAAAAACGACUAUUAUGAAAAAAAAAUCAUUUAAUUGCUGAUAAAAAUAUUUUUAAAAUGACAAAUUCUGAUAAAUGAUAUACUAAAAUGACCUGUCUACAAGAAACGACCUGUAACGUUAAAUAUGUAUAUAUAUAUAUAAUUAUAUGGCUGUGAUUAGUUUGAUCUGAUUCUACUAGUACAGCAUCAAUACCUAUCACAAACUCUGCACAAAGUAUUUUUAUUAAAUUAUUAGAAUCUGAUUUAGGGCGCAUUCCCAUAGAUUUUAGAUUGAUAUAUC